GAGCAGGUGCGUGCCGAGGGAGCCCCCGCGGCUCUCCCGCGGCGCUCAGGCCUCGCUGCGGAGCCGGGACGAGAGGUUCACAAUGGUCCGUAGUGGGAAAAAUGGUGGGCUCCACCUGAAGCAGAUUGCCUACUACAAGCGAACAGGGGAGUAUCAUCCCACAACGUUGUCGAGUGAAAGAAGUGGAAUCAGGAGAGCAGCCAAAAAAUUUGUCUUCAAAGAAAAUAAAUUGUACUAUGUUGGAAAAGACAGAAAACAAAUGCGCCUGGUCAUUAUUUCAGAUGAAGAGAAGAAAAAGGUGCUUGAGAAGUGCCAUGAAAAUGCUGCUGGCACUCAUCAUGGCAUAUCAAGGACACUAACUUUAGUGGAAUCUAAUUACUACUGGACCUCUGUAACAAAUGACGUCAAGCAGUGGGUGUAUGCUUGCCAGCAUUGCCAAGUGGCAAAGAAUACAACCACCGCAGCACCCAAAACACACCCUAUCAAAGCAGAGGAUCCAUGGACAGCAGUCACUAUAGACCUAAUGGGACCUUUCAGUGUUACCAACAGAAGCCACAAGUACAUCAUAGUUAUGACAGAUUUGUUUACAAGAUGGACUGUUAUCUUUCCACUACAUGACAUUUCAGCAGCUGAAAUUGCUAAGGCAAUCACAAAUGUGCUUUUCUUAUAUGGGCCACCUCAAAAAAUGCCAAUUGAUCAAGGGAAGGAGCUUGUUCAUCAGAUAAAUGAAGAACUGUUUGCACUGUUUGGAAUGAAACAAAUUGUGUUGUCUUAUCCUCAGACAGAUCAUGUAAAUGCAAGAACCAAGACAAUCAAAGCUUUCCUUAACAAAUACUGCAUUGACUAUCCAAAUGAUUGGGAUGAGCAUUUGUCUCCUAUUGCCUAUGCUUUCAAUUUGACAAAUUUGGAGCCAAAUCAAACCACCCCGUAUUUCCAGAUGUUUAAUCGUAACCCACAUGUUGCUGAGCCAAUGAAUAUACGUGUGCAAGGAGAAUACAGUGUGUUUGGCAAAAUAUUUGAAGCAACUAAAACAGCCAGUCAAGCUCUGGAAGAAGAGAAAACCUCAGAUUGCCAGGUGGAGAAAAACACUUCAGAUGAACAGAAAGUCAGAAACAAAAUCACUGUCAAAAGGAAGCCAAAGCAAUUAAAUACCCUGCGACUUAAAGUUGGUCAUGAAGUCCUCAGGCAAAGAAAAAACUGGUGGAAAGAUGGUCGUUUCCAGUCAGAAUGGGUUGGUCCUUGUAUUAUAGAUUAUAUCACAGAUAAUGGCUGUGCAAUAUUAAGAGAUGUCACAGGAUCCAGGUUGAAGAGACCCAUCAAGAUGUCUCACCUGAAGCCAUACAUAAGAGGGUCCAGUGAAAAAGUGCUUAGAAAAGCCUUUUGUGUUGCAUUAAGAUUUCCCAGCAAGAUCUUGGAGUAGCCAUGUUUCUCUGUGUGGGUGCACAAAAUGAAGGAAUGUGCAUAUCCGUUUAUUUAAGGUAUUAGUUUGAUAGGUAAUUAUGACAGAUGUCAAGCUAGUCACUAACCUAGCAAAGAAAAGCUCUAAAAACUCUAAAAACAUUGCAAGCAUUGUUUUGUGGAUGUAAUGAGGCGCAGCCAAACAUUUGAUGCUCAGUGAAAUCAGAAAAUACACAUUAUCAGACUGCUGUCACUCAAACAUUCUUGUCUUCUUACAGAAAUUGUUUUAAAAGGUAAGUUACCACCUCACUAACAUUUUAAGUAUGGCUUGAAGGAUCUGAUUUGAUGGCUGCUUUUCUUUUACAGACAACCAUUACUUUUUACAAGGCGCAGUAGUUGUUGACCAUGACUAUAUUGGCUUAUCUGAAAGAUCCUAUAAUCCAAGGCAACAAGGCUCUGUUGCGGAAGGGGAAAUAAAUACCUACACAAGAGAUGUCAUGUCUGCUGUACAAAUGCCACCUGCAGGCUGCAAAGACCAGGAGUCAACAGAUGGUAAACAUCAGUCUGAGCUGACAGAAGAUCAUUGCAUUGAAUCAAACACUGCAAAGACAGAACAAUGGCCUUCACCUUGUUGGACACUUCAAACCAAGAUAGAGGUUACUUAAGCAUGGUCUUAAGUUACAUUUCAUUGGUAAACAGCUUGGAACUUCUGUGGCAGACUGAAAAAAAAACAAUAAAUUCCUUAGCCAAAUCCACUUUACUACCUUAUGGAUAUAGAAGUUCUGCAGCUGCCAAGUGGUUAAUUUGUAUGGGCGUUAAGAAGGGAUUGCUCUGUUACCAGAAACCUAGGCACAUGUAAAAGCACAUGUUCAGCUACUGUCUGAAUUAAGAACAUUGUAGGUGUCUAGUAGUUAGUGUAUGUGGGUGUUGAGAAGCACACACUCAGUGACCAAAAGUACAAGCACAACCUAAUAAAAGCACAUGUUCUCAUCAUGUAUUUGAAUUUCAGAUAUGGUUGGUAGAAUAGCCGCGUGGCUGUACGUGCCUGUUAUCCUCACAAUGCAUCACAAUCAGGAUACAAUUCAUCAUUUUACUGGAAUAACCUUUUCAUUAAUCCUUAGAUGAUGCAUUUCUAGUGCGUGGAGAUGCUGUGGGAUGAGUAUAAUCUAAGCAACUUGAUGUAAAUUUUACCUCCACUGUAGAGAAGCUUGUGUCCUCCUUUUCCUGUUAUAAACCAGUUUCUUACACUGAGAAGCUGCAAACUCUGAUUUCUGCAGCUUUUAAUUUCUAGUCUAACCCACAACUCUGAGAUUUCACAAAACGGUAAAGCUGCCAAAAUCAAGUACAUGUAGUGUUCUGCCCAUGAAACAAUGUGGCCCUUCAGCUGCUCCCACUUAUCAAAAUUCUGCUAGGGUGAGCAAUUUGAAUUUCUGAAAAUCCUAAGAGUAUUUAGCAUUCAUUUGUGCUCCCCCCCCCCCCCCCCAACCAUCUGCUUUCCCUUAUGGCUACAUCUUCCCAGAGCCACUACAGGUUUGGAGAUUUCCACUGACCAUGAUCAAGGGAAAGGUGAAGCACUGGUAUUACCUGUUCUCUGAGCUCCUUGAGUAAAUUGUUAAGGGUCUGGACUUCCUGCUGAGAAGAUGGUAUUUCAGCUGAACAGGAAUUAUUUCAUGUGGAAAACUGAUGAGUGCAAGUCAGUUCUUUUUAUAGGGGAUUGACACAAAGGAAGAAAAGUAGCAGAAAACUGAAUUUAGAAAUUCAGCAACUUCUGUCUGGUAGGGUUUGCUUAUCUUGCUCUCUGAAUGUGUGCAUUCCAUGUCAUCUCUGUGCUGAAUGUUGUGUGACUUGUAACAGGGGUGGAGGAAGGUGGUUAUGAAGAGUUUUCGGUUAACCUUAAGUAGCAAGAUGUGGUCCUCAAGACUGAUUAGGUAUGUAGCUCAUGUCUUUAAAAUGGACCACAGCUGUGUAAAAAAAGACCUCAGCACUAUGACAGGAUCCUAUCUUAAGAUUCAAGUGAAAAAUACUUAAAGCAUUUUGUGUCUUUUGAAAAUCCAGUCCUGCAUAUAAACUUUUUCUCUACCGAGAUGGUUCAGGAAGAGGUUACUGGGAGACAGCUGAGGAUGCUGGCUUAAUGAGCUCUUCCUCUAUGCCAGCUCGAAGGCACACUUGGAGAUGAACAAGCUUUGUGUUGGCAUUGACAAAUGUAUGCAAGCUGAGAAGCCCAUCUUUCUGUUAGCUGCUGUUACCCCCAAGCCAUCCUCUCCCCUGAAGACAGUUGACCUUUAUAGUGCAGACAAGGAAGUGGACUUGGUGAAAUAAUUUGUUUUGUUUAAAAUAAACGCUAGGAAAGCCUGUCAAACUAGUUGCAACAGGAAAAAAACCAAACCCCACAUGUAAAUAUGACAUAACCAGUAAUUGUUGAUUUAUUUUUUUCCCACAGUAAUGAGCACUGUGGUUAUACAGUAUUUUUUCCCUGACUAGUAGUUAAAAGACAAUUAUCUGUUUGGGUGCUCUGUGCCUUGGGCCCUGGACGUUCAUGUCAUGAUGAUGAUGUGACAGCCUAAAUUGUUCCUAUGCUAAUCCUUAACAGAGGCCCAGGCUUUUUAAGCCAACCCCUCCUCCUCCGUAUGUACCUUCGUUUCUUCCACUAUGAUUGACUAAAGUGACAUCUUCUGCUAGGAUGGAUUUGUUAUAUUGUGGGUGUGCACCCAUGAAAUGCAUCUAUAGAGUGCAGUCAGGUAAAAUGGGAGUAUAAGGGAGUUCUCUACAAGAUGGUUUUCUGGUUUGUUAGGUGUAAAAGAAAACCAGUCCCUCUUUUUUUCUUACCUCUACUGAUCAGUUCGUUAUUUGCACACUGCACAACAGAGCUGUUUUCUGGGGAAGCUCUGGGGCAAUGCAAGUGCUGUGUGCUUGCUAUAGCUAUACUGGAGAGAAAGAAAAUGCUGCAGUGACAGAGGAAUGGGAAAGCCAGCAAACAUUUGCCGUACUGUGUAAUGCUGAUCAUUCAGGCUUCCUGGUAAUUUUGAUCUAUUAGAUUAACAAGCAGACAUUAGUGCCUCUUCAGUGCACAUAAGUGGGGCCUUCUCUGCAUGUGAGAGGUUCAUUGGAAUAAAAUACAGGGGUUUCAA